AUGACAGCCGUACCAACAACCAGCACGAACUGUCUAAGCAACAGCAGUAGCAGCAGCAGUAUCGUAUCAAUGGCCUCUCGCCGUUCUCCCAAGGGGUCCCACUCGCCACACCCGGUUGAGAGCCCCCUUCCGCAGGAGAGUGCCCAUGAACAGCAGCCACAACAACAACAGCAACAGCUCCACGAUGACCGACAGCAACAGUGGCAAGAAAGGUCAUCGGGGCUGGGCGAGCCGAACGUUCCCUCCCCUUCGCAGCAGCCUGCGGAGCUGGGAGACGCAGCAGCGGCAGCGUCCGCUGUUGCUUUGCGACCUUUUGGAGCUCACCAAGGCACACAACAACAGCUUGAGGUGUUGCAGCAAGCCCAGGGAACUGCGGGUAUUCAGGGCUCCGCUCACGUUCCGGGUCGCCCUGCGCUAGUUGCCAAGACUUCAUCUUUGGUGCAGCGGAAGCAACAAUUCUACAAA